AUGCCAGACCAAUGCGAAGAAAUACAGAAGGUAAACCACUCGCAGGAAACUCUUGCAAAGAUCCAAAAGCACAGAAUGGCAGACGACCUUUCUCAGCUGGAAGGCAUGAACGUCCCUGCCGAGAUAGAAUCCAUUCGAAAAGGCCUAAUAAAUGGUUCUAUUGACUCAUUUCUGGAAAUGGCUGAGUACAUGUGGGUGGAGCUGCCUCGGAGUGACUCCGUUCUUCUGCCCGCCCUUCGGGAGUUUAUUCCCAAGAAUAGGUCCAUUCGGCUGGUUCCUCCAACACCGCUUAUUCCUGUUAUAUUUCUGUUUCCAGGCGAGAGCGUGCUUAAAGAGUGGGCAAUUGUGAACAUAUGCGAGCUAUACAGCAGCCCCCGGUACUUGGCAGGGAUGGUGACAGGGGGAAGAUUUUUCUACAAAAUGCACACGGAGAUUCUUGAAAAAAAGUGUGCGUACAGCGAGAAAGACUUCCUCAAGGGGCUUUUUAUAUUUUCGGUGCUGGGCGGGUCUCUGGUGAACAGCCACUACGCGCUUCUGCGGUCUCUGAUCCAAGACCCUCUGCGCAGCGACAUGCUCAUAGAAUUUAAUAUAUACAAGAUUCUCCUGGCCGAGGAGGUGGACAUCCAUGGAAACGUGAAAAUCCCGCUGAGAAACACGCGGGGCAUGCUUGAGGAGGUUUUGGAGAAAAUGCUUAGAAUGCAGCUGGAGCAGUUCCUUGGGAGGAGCAAGCAGGUUUCGUCAAAUGUGGGCAUGCUUCUGCUCUUCACAACGUGGGAGGCGCUUGAAGUUUCAAUCCGCCUAAACAUAUCGAAGGCCCUAAAGCUGCAGGUUAUGCAGGCCGGACUGGCUGCUUCCAACAAGUACAUUGUGAGAAGGCUGUACCAAAGCAUCAUGCAGGUGUACAGAGCCGAGGGGCUCAGCAUGAUUGAGUUGUUUAGGAGCGGGCUGCUGGAGUAUCUGAUUGCGCAGACGGGGUACAUCCCCACAGAGGCUGCGCACUCGGACUACACUUUGCUCAUUCAGGACGUUCUAUACGAGACGUGCAUCCAUACGUUUUUGUACAUGCUAAAGGUGUUUGGGCUUGACGUGCCGCCCUUGUGCAGCGUGAAGAUGGUCCAGGCCCACAAAAGCACAGAUAUCCAGGAGAUGGAGAGGGCGCUUGCGCGCGCAUGCGAGGUGUGGAUAAGCCGAAUGCACAUAUAUCCGGACUCGAUUCUGGGGAAGUCUGCGGAGUGCAUGUUUUUCGGGUUCAGAAACACCCUGAGCCUGCCCAUAGUCGGCGCCACCAACGCGACCGACUUUCUCAUGCCGCGAGUGCGCACCUUCUACACGGUUUUGGAGGAGCGGCUGAGCAAGAUGGACAGGUCUGGGCUGACAGCGCGGGAGCGGGUGAUCAUAGCGUCUCUGUAUGGGAAGAAGCACGCGGAGCGGAGAGAGUCUGUAGACCCUCGGAUUCUGUUCCAAAUAAUUGAGGAGUGUGUGCAGUUUUACAAGUAUGCGAAAGUUGUCCCGUACGGGCUGAACGAGUUCUGCGGAGUUGUGGAAAAGUACAUCAACGGAUACGUGCUGAAGCAAGACACGGCGAUGAAGAAUGCCACGCGGGAGGCGGGGGAGGACGCGUGCCUCGACAGCUCGGAGUACAUGGGAGAAGACUGGGACAUCAUACAGCUGCUGUACAAGCUUGUGGGGCUGCCAAUCACGGACGCAGUUCUCUCGCAAGUCAACCACAUUAUUGUGCACUUGGACAAAAUGUCCGAGGACGCGCAGAAGGCUGUGGACUUCUCAUGGGCUCGGAAGAUCUGCCUAAAAUUGGCGCAAAGAAAGAACCUGAAAAUGACUUUUCUUAAAAACCUGUUUGACAAAUAUCUUUCAAUCUCCAUGGGAAGCAAGACAGAGGUGUCCUCUAUGAUGAAUGUGAUCCAUCAUUUGCAUGCAGAAAAUAACUUGCGAGAAGACGAGGCCAUGAACAGGCUGUUCAAGCGAGCAGAAAAAAUAACACAAAAGAAGGAGCCUUCUCUCGAGGCCAGCACUGUCAAGGAAAUUCUGGCGCCCAUGACACAGGACAUCAUUGCCUGGGCAGCCCCCAAGACCACGUGCAAGGAAACCCGGAUAGGGGAAUCUGACUUUGUGCAGUCUAUCCUCAUCAACGAAGCAUACGAGAAUGCAUCGGGCAUUUGCUUCAAGUACAAAACGCCGCAGGACUACUUCAACGCAUACUACCCGCUGCUAGUCAAAGAAACCUACGCAUCAAUAAUUGCAGCCAGCGAGAAUAUGGAGGGAAGUGAGACAGACUCUGUGCCGGUUGGGUUUGCGGGCCCUAAAAUGAAGUUCAAAGUGGUGAGAAUCCUGGAAAAGUCGCACACCAUGUGCAUGGAAAUGAAGUCCCUGGGCAAAAUUUCGAGUGGCAUCUAUGUCAAUAGCGUGGUGAAAAUUUAUAGAGAAGAAAACACCUUGCAGCCGCCUCUUCUGGGGAUAGUGGUUUCCCACAGCUUCUUGUCAUUGAACAUAACAGACGCUGUCAGCGUGUGCAUUGGCGCAACCGAAGCCCAGAAUAAGUACCACACGGUUUUCCUCCAGCCCUUCACAAACAUAACAACUGGGAUGCGGGAGUUUAAUGCUCUUUCGGCAAUGUGUUUGCAAUUCUGCGAAAUGCAGAAUAUAGUGGCUGUGCAAUGCCAAAAAGCAGAUGAGAAUGUGCACCCCCCAGAAGUAGCCAGCGCCUCUGCGCAGGGCAGCGAAUGGAUGGAAAACGACCUAAACAGCAGCCAAAGGGAGGCAAUUAAUGCAGCGCUGACCAGAAGAAUAACCCUUAUUCAAGGCCCGCCGGGGACCGGAAAAACCAAAACCAUUUCCCACCUUAUUGUACGGCUUCUGAAUAAAGGGCAAAGGAUCUUGGUGUGCGCCCCCAGCAAUGCGGCUAUAGGCAUGCUUGAAUCCAGCAUGAACUGGAAUGAGUUUACGCUCAGCUGGCUUAAGGUUAACGGGCGAACCAAAAGGGCUGAAGCCCCGUGCCAAGACCCCGCCGGAGCCGACAAACUCGAAAGCUUUUCGGCACUGGGCAAAGAUGCCUACGAAAUUGAUGUUAAGCCCGAUGAGGGGAUCAAUGGCCUGGACAGCCGCGAAAAGGCCAGCAUACGGGCAGCAAGGCUGGUUUUUUGCACGCUUUCUAUGGCAGGGUCGUCGACCAUGAAAGGCAACACCUUUGACACUGUGAUCAUUGACGAGGCAUGCCAAAGCACCGAGCUCAGCACGAUUAUACCGCUAUCAACACGGCCGCAAAGCCUGGUGCUGGUGGGAGACCCCAUGCAGCUGCCUCCAACCGUGAUAUCGCGGUCCAAGCCGCUGGCCGUCUCUCUUUUUGAAAGAAUGGCGCACAGCGUAAAGCCAUUCCUGCUGAACACCCAGUACAGAAUGCACUCGGACAUAUCUAGGUUUGUAAGCGAAACAUUCUACGAGGGAAGGCUGCUCGAUGGCGUGACAAGAAGCUCGCAUCUUCCCCUGGCGUUUGUAAAUAUCCCUGGUAUAGAAAAAGUGGUGAAUAAGAGCAUAACAAACCGAAUGGAGUGCGAUGCAGUGGUGAGAAUAUCAGAAGCCGCGAUGGAUGUGUACAAAAACGUCGGCAUCAUCAGCCCGUACAAGGGGCAGGUGGAGCUCCUUGAAAAAAGGCUGUACUUUGGCCAUGUGUCGACCGUGGAUGGAUUCCAAGGGCAGGAGAAGGAGUGCAUUAUAAUAUCCACUGUGCGCACAGCAAAGAUCGGGUUCCUGAACGACUACAGAAGGCUGAAUGUGGCGCUGAGCAGAGCGAAGCUUUCAGUUAUUGUUGUAGGGUGUGCAGAGCUCUUGAGGAAAGACCCCAUGUGGAGAAGCUUCAUUGAGUAUGCAGAGAGGAACAACUGCGUCUAUAAACAAAAGGCUGUGUGCAGCAUAUUAUUAAAGGCAUCAACAAGUAAAUAA